UCAAAUCCAGUAAAGACGAUAAACCGGUUCUUAACAAAACACCAUACGAAUUCCCCUCCACUGGAUAGGCGACUGAAACUAGUCAGAAUCCCCAGCCAAAAUCCCUUCCCUUUCAGAGCACCCCACAACAAAAAUGGCGACACUCACUGCAUUUUCUACUUUCCAUUCUAUCUGUAGCGUUGCUACUCCAAGAACUAACAGUUCUUCGCUGACCCAUCUUUCUUAUCCUCCAAACUUCCAUCUCCACACAAGCAACAGCAGUUGCAUAAUCAAUGGCUUUAGGCCCUUGACAUUCUUGAGCAAGGAAAAGAGACCGAGUUUUAGACUGCUGAGAUCGGUCGAGGAAGAUACCUUAGUCCCUGCGCAACAAGUGCAAGGGGAGACAGAACAAGCCGACAACGAACAAGAAGCAAAUCAGCAACAAGAGACUGUCUCGAUCCCUGUCUCUCCCUCCGACACGCUCACCAUGCUCUUCCAGGCUGAUGGAACCAUGAAUGAAACAGCUAUUCCUACAGUUACCAAGGCCUUAAAGGAAGCUGAGGGCAUUUCCAAUUUGAAGGUCCAAGUUCCUUGAGGGUAUUGCUACUGUUGAGGUGAGGUUUCUUUGUUAUAACUUCUAGUUGAUGUU